CUCCCCUGUUUCCUUCCUCUCCCUUUUAAAUUCCAUUUCCCUGCUUAAUCCCUCUGAUCCCCAUCACUACCACCACCCCCAAAUUCCAACAUUCUCAGAAGGAAAACCCAGUUACCGAUUUAAAUUCAACAGCUUGGAGACCAAAAUCUCGGGUGAAAUGAGCAAGAAAUUAAUGAAGAUCCCUUCUCUGUUCAAGAACAGGGGAGACCCAAAGCACCAUCCAUGGCAGUGGCCUUCCUGCAAGCACCCCAAGACGCAUUCUUUCCGGGCCGGCGGCGAGACCAUGUUCCGGACUGUGAACUCUGUCUUCCUCGACGGGGUCGACACGCCUGAGUCGUUGUUCACGAACUCGUCGGAGUCGGCCAGUUGCUGGAUGGAAUUGGAGGAGCUCUGUUCCGGCGAGGAGUCCCUGGAGAUGAUCGUGCGCGGCGGGGCGCGGGCAGAGAGGUUGUUCUUCGAGCCACGCGGCGGCACGAGCUCGAUCCUGGAGGCGGCGAAGGCCGGCGGAGAGUCUCCGUUCGGGGAAAGCGUGAUGCUGGCUAUGGAGUCGGAGGAUCCGUAUGGGGAUUUUCGGAGGUCCAUGGAGGAGAUGGUGGAGUGUCACGGGUUGAAGGAUUGGGAGUACUUGGAGCAGUUGCUGGGGUGCUAUCUGAGGAUGAAUGGGAGAAAUAAUCAUGGAUUUAUAGUGGGGGCCUUCAUUGAUUUGCUGUUUGGUCUUUCUUCUAGCUCCGACGCUGGUUCUGCUAGUUCUUUUUCCACUGCUGUUUCUUCUCUGUCUUCUCCUCUUUCUGCUGCUUCGUCUAGUUCGUUUGGUGGCCAGAAGGAGAGUAGCGUGAAAGAGAAGAUGGUCGUGAUGCCUGAGCCUAUGUAGUAUAUGUGUAUAAUUUUUUUCCUGUGUAUAUUGGUAGUUACAAGCAGAAUUGGAAAAUGAAGAUGGAACAAAGAGAUCCAGGCUGACCUGUGACCUAUUAUUAGUUUUAAGCUAAUGGAGAUCAAUGCGGAUCAUGAAUGCCCUUUGCAACAUUUUUUUGUAUAAUAGUUUUAAGCUAGUGCCAAUGAAUUUUAGAGAUCAAA